AUGGUGACCAAGUUCUACCAGCAUCUCUUGGCCUUGGUGUUUGCUGUAAAUGAGGUAAAUGAGGAUCCCCAGCUUUUGCCCAAUGUCACCCUUGGAUUCCAUAUUUAUGAUAGCUACUAUGAUGCAAGGAUGGUCUACCGCAAUAACUUGGAUCUCCUCUCAAAAGCUGACCGGUUUGUCCCCAACUUCCACUGUGGGGUGGAGAAAAACCUCAUAGCUGUCAUUGGGGGGCUCGGCUAUGAUAUUUCCUUCCACAUGGCAGGCCUCUUAAGUCUCUACAAAAUUCCACAGAUUUCAUAUGGGUCAUUUGCCCCAGAAAAGAAGUAUGAAACUGGGAUGCCUUCCUUUUACCGCAUUGUCCCCAAUGAAGCCCAUCAGAGUUUGGGGAUUAUUCACGUGCUACGACAUUUUGGGUGGACCUGGACACAGCCCAUGUCUCUGUGUAACCCUCCCUGCCUCCCUGGUUAUCAGAAGGAAAAGAAAGAAGGAGCAACAUUUUGUUGUUACAAUUGUGUUCCAUGCCCAGAAGGGAAGAUUUCAAACCAGAAAGAUAUGAAUGACUGCUCUGAAUGUCCAGAACAUCAGUAUCCAAGCAGGCACCAGGACCAAUGCAUUCCCAAAACGAUAAUUUUCCUAUCAUAUAAAGACCCUUUAGGAGCUAGUUUAGCAAUUCUUGCUCUAUCUUUUGCCCUCCUCACUCUUUUCAUGCUAGGAAUUUUCAUAAAGCACAGAGAUACUCCGAUAGUCAAAGCCAACAAUAGGGAACUCACCUACACUCUCCUUGCAUUCCUGCUUCUUUGCUUUCUCUGCUCUUUUUUAUUCAUUGGACGACCUGGAACCACAAGCUGCCUUCUGCAACAAGCAGCUUUUGGCUUCAUCUUCUCAGCGGCUGUUUCCUGUGUGUUGGCCAAAACCAUCACUGUCAUUGUGGCCUUCAGGGCCACCAAACCAGGGUCCAGCAUGAGAAAGUGGCUGGGGAAAAGAUUGGCCAGGCUCAUAAUUCUUUCCUGCUCCCUUCUUCAAGCAGCCAUCUGUGUAGUAGGGAUGGCCAUCUCUCCUCCUUUCCCAGAUCUGGACCAUAAGACUCUAAUCACUGAAAUUAUAGCUGAAUGCAACGAAGGCUCUGCCAACAUGUUUUAUCUUGUCUUGGGUUACCUGGGCCUUCUGUCCAUCAUCAGCUUCAUAGUGGCUUUCCAAACGAGGAAGUUGCCAGAUAACUUCAAUGAAGCCAAGUUUAUCAGCUUCAGCAUGCUGAUUUUUUGCACUGUUUGGUUGUCCUUCAUUCCAGCUUAUUUGAGCAUCAAAGGGAAGUACACAGUAGCCGUGGAGAUCUUCUCCAUUUUAGCAUCCACUUUUGCUCUACUUGGUUGCAUCUUUUUCCCCAAAUGUUACAUUAUUGUGCUGAGGCCUGACUUGAAUUCCAAGGAGCACUUGAUAAAAAGGAAGACUUAG